AUGCCUCCCGCUUCCGCUACCCAGAAGCUCAAAGACGAGGGGAAGGGCUCCCAAGCUUCAAGCGUCUGUAAGGACCCCGAGAGUCCCAUCUCUGAUGGCCAAGAGAGCAGCUAUUUGAAGGAGCUACAGAAGACACUUCGCAAUGCCAUGAAGAAGUUGAAUUCCCUCGCCAAAGUCGACACCAUCAUCGCUGAAAACCCCGACAAAUCGCUUGAUGAACUGAUUGAGGAGAAGAAGAUCAACAACGACCAGAAGGCCCAGGUCCUGAAGAAGCCUACCCUUCAGGCCACUAUUGCCCAGGCCGAGGAGCAGAUUGGUCACUACAAACAAUUCGCUGUCCAAUACGAGGACCGCUUGGUUGCUCAAAAGGCUGCGCUUGUCAAGGCGCAUGAGGCGGAGCUUGAAGCUGUCCGUAAUAACGCCAUUGCUGAUGCAACCGAGGCCUGUAAGAAGUCACUGCGCCAGCAGUUCUACACCGUGACUAAAUUCUUAUGCGCCGCGGCCAUCCUUCGACGCGACGGUGAUGCUGUCACCACCGAGAGUCGUGCUUUCGAGGGUGUGCUGUUCGAGGUGUAUGCUGGUAACCAGUCUGCAGUCAAUUCGCUACUGAAGAUUGCCGAGGGUGCUGAUGAGAAGGUCAAUGCUGUUGAGGGGACCACACUUGACUUUACCUAUGGCGAUGUGAAGCAAGCAUCUGAUAAGUUCGCUCCUCCUGAGGAGACUACUGAAGUUGUCUCGGAGGCAACCCCCACCACCGUCCCUACGACCGACCCUACCGUGGCCAACGCUGGAUUGACCGAGCUCCAGGAUACCUCUUUCGGCGCUCAGGCUGAGCCUGCAGCUUCCGAGGCUGAUCAGCUGGCCCCUCCUGCGCAGACUCUGGUUUCUGAUGCGGGAAACCCGAUUGCGGAGCAAACCUGGGCUCCUACUACCGAUGAGAGCGGUGAAUGGGUCAAGCUUCCUCGCAACCCUGAUGAGACCGACACUGGCCUCCAGGCUACUCCAGCUAUCGCCGAUGCGGGUUUGAACAACGGUUCUGUUGGCGCUGAAAUUACAACUCAGGGCGAGAACGGUGCCAAGUCUGGUGGACGCCGCCGUCACGGACAGCGUGGUGGCCGAGGCCGGAAUGACGCUAAGCGUGCUGGUGAGGGCCGUGGUGAGGGUCGUGCUGGUGAGGGCCGUGGUGAGGGCCGUGCUGGUGAGGGUCGUGGACGUGGUGGACGCCGAGGCGGUCGUGGUGGACGUGGCCGAGGCGGUGCAAGUGGCCCUGCCUCUGGCUCGGCGGAAGCUCCUGCCGCCAGCGAGUAA